AUGGUAAAGAAGACCUGCGUCCCUGGCAGCCGCCUGGGCCACACUCAGUGCCUGCUCAGCACACAGUUCCGACGCCUGCCGGAUGCGAGACAGGGGGCGGAAAAACCUUGCGUUCAUGUUUUCCUAGUUCCUGAUGUAAGUCGAAAUGGGGACCCAUAUGUUGCUACCUCUAUCGUUGAAGCCAUUGCAACCGUUGACAGGGCCAUCAACUCUACACGGACACACUUAUUUGACAGCCGUCCUCAUUCUCCAAAUGACCUACUGGCCCUGUUCCGGUACCCACGGGACCCCUACACAGUGGGACAAGCCCGGGCAGGAGAGAUAUUCGAGCGGACCCUGCAGCUGAUCCAGGAGCAUGUUCAGCAUGGCUUGAUGGUGGACUUGAAUGGAACAAGUUACCACUACAAUGAUCUGGUGUCCCCGCAGUACCUGAGCCUUAUUGCCAACCUGUCAGGCUGCACGGCACACCGCCGUGUGAACAACUGCUCAGACAUGUGCUUCCACCAAAAGUAUAGGACGCAUGACGGCACAUGCAACAACCUGCAGCACCCAAUGUGGGGUGCCUCAUUGACUGCCUUUGAGCGCCUGCUGAAGGCUGUGUAUGAGAACGGAUUCAACACACCCCGUGGCAUCAAUCCCCAGCGUCAGUACAAUGGGCACGUACUUCCUAUGCCCCGCCUGGUGUCCACCACACUGAUUGGGACAGAGGUAAUCACCCCUGAUGAACAAUUUACACACAUGUUGAUGCAGUGGGGUCAGUUCCUUGACCAUGACCUGGACUCUACAGUUGUGGCCCUGAGCCAGGCUCGAUUCUCUGAUGGGCAGCAUUGCAGCAAUGUAUGCAGCAAUGACCCUCCCUGUUUCUCUGUCAUGAUUCCCCCCAAUGACCCCCGCGUGCGCAGUGGGGCCCGCUGCAUGUUCUUUGUGCGAUCCAGCCCUGUUUGUGGCAGUGGCAUGACAUCCCUGCUCAUGAACUCUGUGUACCCUCGAGAGCAGAUCAACCAGCUCACUUCCUACAUUGAUGGGUCCAAUGUGUACGGCAGCACAGACCAUGAAGCCCGCAGCAUCCGGGACCUGGCCAGCCAUCGUGGCCUGCUGCGUCAGGGCAUCGUGCAGAGGUCUGGCAAGCCUCUGCUUCCCUUUGCCACGGGGCCGCCCACCGAGUGCACUCGCGAUGAGAAUGAGAGCCCAAUACCAUGCUUUCUGGCUGGGGACCACCGUGCUAAUGAGCAGCUGGGCCUGACGAGCAUGCACACCCUGUGGUUCCGGGAGCACAACCGCAUUGCUGCAGAGCUGCUGAAGCUGAACCCACACUGGGAUGGGGACACUGUCUACCACGAGACUCGCAAGAUUGUGGGGGCAGAGAUACAGCACAUUACCUACCGGCACUGGCUACCCAAGAUCUUGGGGGAGGUGGGCAUGAAGAUGCUCGGCGAGUACCGCGGAUACGACCCCAGUGUCAAUGCUGGCAUCUUCAAUGCCUUUGCCACAGCGGCCUUCAGGUUUGGCCACACUCUGAUCAACCCUGUACUCUACCGGCUGGAUGAGAACUUUGAGCCCAUCCCCCAGGGCCACGUGCCCCUCCACAAGGCCUUCUUCUCCCCGUUCCGGAUUGUCAAUGAGGGGGGCAUUGACCCACUUCUCCGAGGGCUGUUUGGCGUGGCAGGCAAGAUGCGCAUUCCCUCCCAGUUGUUGAACACGGAGCUCACAGAGAGGCUGUUCUCCAUGGCUCACACGGUGGCCCUGGACCUGGCUGCCAUAAAUAUCCAGCGAGGCCGGGACCAUGGCAUUCCACCCUACCAUGACUACAGGGUCUACUGCAACCUGUCAGCCGCUUACACCUUUGAGGACCUGAAAAAUGAGAUCAAGAGCCCCGUGAUCCGGGAGAAGCUGCAGAGGCUGUAUGGUUCGACUCUCAACAUUGAUCUGUUCCCGGCCCUCAUGGUAGAAGACCUGGUCCCUGGCAGCCGCCUGGGGCCCACACUCAUGUGCCUGCUCAGCACACAGUUCCGACGCCUGCGGGAUGGAGACAGGUUGUGGUACGAGAACCCGGGCGUGUUCUCCCCCGCCCAGCUGACUCAGCUCAAGCAGACAUCCUUGGCUAGGAUCCUAUGUGACAACUCAGACAAUAUCACCCGUGUGCAGCAGGAUGUGUUCAGGGUGGCAGAAUUCCCACAUGGUUAUGGCAGCUGCGAGGACAUCCCCAGAGUGGACCUGCGAGUGUGGCAGGACUGUUGUGAAGACUGCAGGACCAGGGGGCAGUUCAAUGCCUUCUCCUACCAUUUCCGUGGCAGACGGUCUCUGGAAUUCAGCUAUGAGGAGGACAAGCCCACCAAGAGAGCCAGGCGGCAAAAGGCACUAAGUGUGAAGCAUGGCAAACAUCUUAGUAAUGCCACGUCAGCCACCCGUAAGCACUUGGAAGGACCAGAAACUAAUGAUUUAAAGACAUUUAUUCUGGAAAUGCAAAAUGUCAUCACAGACCUCAGGAAACAGAUAACCAGCCUGGAGUCUCGGCUCAGCACCACAGAGUGUGUGGAUGACAGUGGUGAAUCCCACAGCAACAACACAAAGUGGAAAAAAGACACAUGCACAGUUUGUGAGUGCAAAAAUGGUCAGGUCACCUGCUUUGUGGAAACUUGCCAGCCUGCAGCCUGCCCAGAGCCCAUGAAACUGGAAGGUGCUUGCUGUCCCGUCUGCUCCAGGAGCACCGCAGAGGAAAAGCCUUAAUGUUCCUGAGCUGGGCGCCUCGAAGCUGCUCCACAGAAUCCUUGUGAGCUAGGUGGCAACGUGGGGAGCUUCAGACCACAGGACAAGUUGGAAUUCCAGACAUUUCAGGGCCUCCAGUGCGUCAUCACCCAAGCAGCCCAGGCUGUGUUUGUAGAAGGAAAUCGAGUAGGCAGGAGUGGCUCUGGUCCUCACUUCAUGUUAGACUUCUCAGGUUCUUAUUUAAUUAUUUUUAAAUGAAAAAUUGGUGCUACUAUUAAAUCGCACAGUUAAGACGUGUGGGUUCCUACAUUACUUCUGCUCGAUGAUGCCACAUCUGUUUAAUUGAGGCAGAAAGCCUUGGACAGGCUUCAUUUGAGCAGAAGCAUUUGGCAAAUGGAACAGGAUCUUUUAAAACAACUUCCCGGGCCAACACUCCCCACAGGAACACCAGGGCUUCCUCCUACCAUUCCUUCGUGUCUGCUGUCUUCACCUUCACCUUCAGGGCGCUUCAAUAUCUGACCACAAUCCCAAUACAAUCCUGCAUCUUGGGACCAUGCCAGCCCUUCUACACAUGACUAUCAAAUUAUUAUGCCACAUUUAGAAAUGAUCUUGUUUCCACUUCAAAUGUGUGUAAAUACUGCCUUGCUGUAAACUGAAUGUGAAAUCCUUUGGUCUCACGCCACAUCCAGUGACCUGAAUAGCCCCUUGCAUUGGCAGGAUGGGUCUACAGCCACCACCUGCCUUGGUUUCUGACCAUAGUGUAGAGAGGUGAUUCGCUUUCCAGGCCCUUUCAAUAGGUGACAGGCAGGCAGAGCCUGAAUGUCUGAAAUCACAUUGUGUGAAUUCUUUAAAGAAAAUAAAAUCCCUAUACCUCAUUUUUUAUUGCAUGAUAUUUUAUAAAACUUGCCCAUUUUAGAUGAUAGAAAAAUUAUUUCUGCUAUGCAAAAGAUUUUUUUUUAAUUCAGUGAAAAGCAACUAUUAUACCUCAUAGUCUCUUGUUUUUAAUUGACCAAAAUGUUCCAUUCUAUUCUCACAAGGUUCUGAGGACUCUCCCCUGAACAAGCAGGUCUCACCCUAUAUACACUGAUGUGCCCUGCACUGUAUGCCAGCCACGUGCGUACAUCAAGAGGGUCAUCUGACCAAGGGCUAGGGAGGAAGACCUCAAGGACACAGACAAGUCAGUGCCGGUUUGAGAAGGGCAAAAUGGGUGCCAUUAUAGGGAGACCAUCGUUGGGUAGGGUGAUGUUCAGCUCCUUACAGCCUCUGGCUUGUGUUGAGCAGUAAGGCCAUUUUGGUACAGUUUAUGUGUGACCCUUAUGCUGAUAUGAUUACCUUCUCAGAGACAGACACAAAGCCACAUGUAUAAGGCUGCUGAGCAGAGACAGCAUCCCAGCAUGGGCGUGUUCACCGUAGAUUCACCAUAUUGUGUAUGUAAAAGUGGUCACCUUGCCUUACCCUCCUGUUGCUAAUGAUAUUCAGAAGCCAGUGGUCCAGCAGGAAUGGGAAUUUAUGAAAUAUUAAACUGAAUUUCAUGAUGAGAUCUCAGAAUAGACUUCUGUGAAGUAGGAGACAACUGUGCCAUCUGAAAUCCGAUGGCCAUGUAGUUAGUUGCUCAGGCAUAGAAAUGGCAAGAGAACCCUGUCCUGGGUAGCUGGUAUUUCACAUGUGCCCUGGGGGUAUGUCUUGUGCCAAGGCAUACAAGUGUACAUGGUGCUUAGACCAGCAUCAAGGGUUUUUGUUCUCUGAUCCUGUGAAGGAAGCUGGCUGUGAUUUACUUUAAUUUCUGUAAUUCAAACCAAGAUGUCUGCAGAUCUCCAUUUUGAUGUUAUAGCAUCACUGGCCAGGCAGUGGGCAGUGCCCAGACACCCUUUCUGAUUAGCCACUGCACUGGGCUUCUGUGAUACAAAGCAAUGUACAUAUUUAUUUACUUUUCUGACUGUUGCUAACAGCCAAAUGCCAUUUUAUGUUUCUUGUAUUCAGUACAUUACCAAAGAGGUGUUUGCACUGUGUAAUGACACCCUUUCAGUUCAAAUAAAAGGGCCACAUUGUCAA